AAGGAACGCGGACAACUCGUGCCAGUGACUGUGAGUAGCAGCAGAGAAUCACUGAAGAGAGAUGAAGAGGACGAAGAAGAUGGUCGAGAAAGAGAACGAAAAGAUGGAGACGGCGAACGAAAUCUUUGCGACUUGUUCGUUUUCGAGUCUUGGCCUCCAUUCCACCUUGUGCGAUCAGCUCCGAGAAAGGAUGGGUUUCGAAGUUCCAACCCUGGUGCAGGCUCAAGCUAUUCCUGUCAUUCUCUCAGGGCGUCACGUACUUGUUAAUGCUGCUACGGGCACUGGCAAAACUGUAACAUAUUUGGCUCCAAUUAUUCAUCACUUGCAGAGUUGUGAUCCUCGAAUAGAGCGGUCUGAUGGAACAUUUGCGUUGGUUCUUGUACCAACACAUGAGUUAUGCAUGCAGAUAUAUGAAAUCCUACAAAAGUUGCUGCAUCGUUUUCAUUGGAUUGUACCGGGCUAUGUAAUGGGUGGUGAAAAUCGGUCAAAAGAGAAAGCCAGGCUGCGCAAAGGGUCCUUUUCAGGCAUAUCCAUUCUUGUAGCCACUCCUGGCCGUCUUUUGGAUCACUUAAAGAAUACAUCAUCUUUCUUGCAUGGGAAUUUACGCUGGAUAAUCUUUGAUGAAGCAGAUAGGAUUUUGGAGCUAGGAUUUGGUAAAGAAAUAGAGGAAAUACUAGAUCUUUUGGGUUCAAGGCAAAGCAGAUAUAUUAGCAAGGAAAAUGUGGUUUCAAGGUUUUCUGAAUUUCAGAGGCAGAAUUUGCUAUUAUCAGCUACCUUGAAUGAAAAAGUAAAUCAUCUUGCUAAGAUUAGCUUAGAAAACCCAGUUAUGAUUGGUCUUGCUGACAAGAAAAUGCAACCAAGUCUGUCUCAUGAAUAUUUUGAAGAUGAUGAAUUGAGACAUUCUUGUGAAAUUAGAAGCUCUUCAAUCAGCAAUUACAAACUUCCGGCUCAAUUAGUUCAGAGAUAUGUGAAAGUAUGCUGUGGUUCAAGACUUGUGGUACUUAUGUCCAUUUUGAAGAAUCUUUUCGAGAAAGAAGCUUCCCAGAAGAUUGUGGUAUUCUUCUCAACAUGUGAUGCAGUAGAUUUUCAUUAUUCACUGUUAAGUGAAUUCCAGUGGCCACCUGUUUCACAACCAGAACUAGAACAUAAACAGAUGUUUGUAAGAUGUAAAACUUUGCGGUUACAUGGAAAUAUGAUGCAUGAGGAUCGGAGAAGCACUUUUCAGGCCUUUAACACCGAAAAAUCAGCUAUUCUUUUGUCUACAGAUGUUGCCGCUAGAGGCUUGGACUUCCCAAAAGUUCGAUGUAUCAUACAAUAUGAUUCUCCUGGGGAGGCUACUGAAUAUGUGCAUAGGGUUGGAAGAACUGCUCGGUUGGGUGAAAGGGGUGAUUCAUUGUUAUUUCUACAACCAGUUGAAAUGGAUUAUUUGCGAGAGCUAGAGAAACAUGGUGUAGUGCUAGAAGAGUAUCCCAUCCUCAAAGUGUUGGAUUCUUUUCCAUUAUAUGAUCUGAAGCAGCGUGUCAAGAAGUUCGUUUCAUUGGAAAUGCAUCCCUGGGUGCUAUCGGUGCAGAAGGCACUGGAAUCCUUUAUCUCAGCAGAGCCAAGGAUGAAGAAGCUGGCAAAGGGUGCCUUCUGCUCUUGGGUCCGUGCAUACACAGCACAUCGUGGUGAGCUGAAAAGGAUUUUUAUGGUGAAGAAACUUCACUUGGGCCAUGUGGCAAAGAGUUUUGCCUUGAAAGAACAACCCUCGUUGGUUGGAAAAUCAUUCCAGGUGCAAAUAAAGAAGAGGAAGAGAGAGCAAAAACAGAAAGGUCUAUCCAAAAAGAGGAAGAAAGUUUAGGUAAAGUAUGGAAGCAAAACUGAAGGGUGCUAAUUAUAUAAUCAUUUUGAUUGCCAACUGGGAGCGAUGCAGAUGCCAAGGGGAAUUGGGCUGUGCUACAAAUCAUGGCAUUUUAUAGCAAGAUCGGCAGACUCUGCAGGCUUUUCUCGUAUUCCUAUUUCAUCGACUGCAGUUGUUCAAGUAAAUUUCUGCCAGUUCGGAACAGCUCGUUUGGGCGUUGGCAUGGUUCGUAUGCAUUGGUCUGAUGUGUGGGAUUUUUGCACAUAGGCCAUUUGUGUGUAUUCUGAGCUGUGGAAUUCUGUGAAUCUUUUUUUGUUGAUUAAUCAAGAUUGUGUAAUUUGAUGUUGGUGUUUAAAAUUUUAUUGCGGAUUUGUUAGUAAUUAUUGUAAUUCCAAGGCAUUUUCCAAAUCUAA